UAGAGACUAAAAACGGUUAGUCUGUAGUUCACUCAUAGGUGCUCAUAAUUAUUCUUGAAAAGAAAAAAGGUGUUCAUAAUUAAAGAUGAUCCAUUGUCACCUCCCAUUCCUCACUCUCACUCCUCUGCACAUUCCUCCUCUCUCAGCUCAGCGGAAGUCACACGACUGCUCCGCCGCCGCCGCAUCAUUCUUCCAUUCCUCCUCUCUCAAACACACACACAAAGUUGAUCAUUCAUGGCUACUAUUAUUUUCACCAUUUUACUGCUCCACAUUUUACAAGGCACAGGAGUGUCAGCUGCGAAAUUCACAUUCGUAAACAAGUGUUCGCACACCAUCUGGCCGGCGGUUCUCGGCAGCCCGGCCCUCGAAACCACCGGUUUCGAGCUGCCGGCUGGCGGCUCCCGUGCGUUAGCGGCCCCGGCCGGGUGGUCGGGCCGAUUCUGGGCCAGAACCGGCUGCUCCUUCGACGCAGCCGGCCGCGGUUCCUGCACCACGGGCGACUGCGCCUCCGGCCGGAUGGAGUGCGGCGGCGCGGGGGCCACCGCCGCUACGCUGGUGGAGUUCACGCUGGGGUCCUCCAUGGACUUCUACGACGUCAGCCUCGUCGACGGCUACAACCUGCCGGUUAUGAUCGACGCGCGCGGCGGGACGGGGCAAUGCGCGUCGACAGGCUGCGCGGCGGACCUCAACGAGAGGUGCCCCGCCGAGCUGAGAGCCGGGGGCGGCGGCGCGUGCCGCAGCGCGUGCGACGCCUUCGGCACGGCGGAGUACUGCUGCAAGGGGGAGUACGGUUCGCCCGCGGCGUGCAAGCCGUCGGCGUACGCGCAGGCGUUCAAGAGCGCGUGCCCGAAGUCGUACAGCUACGCCUACGACGACGCCACCAGCACCUUCACCUGUGCCGGCGGCGACUACGUCAUCACCUUCUGCCCGUCGCAACCAAGCCAAAAAUCAUCGAGGUCAAAAGACGGAUCCGAGUCAGGGUCAGGGUCAGUUGGAGAGACCGUAUUAUCAGACGGGUCGUGGUUGGCGAAUCUAGCCACUGGCCACACAAGUAGAACAUAUACAUUUGAUGUUACUUUACAUGGAUUAGUUAUUGUGGCUGCAGUUGUACAUGUAGCUGCAAAGCUAGUGCCCCAAUUGUGAUAGAGCGACUAUACCUGAAAUUUAAUUGUCACAUAAUAAUCAUACUGAAAUACUAUGCUUUCCCCUUCAAUUUAAAUCGCAUAUAUACAUGUGGUUCAAACUUCAAAUAAUCAAAAGAUUAGGAUCAAAGUUUUAGAUUUGUA